AUGCUUGGCUUUGUCUUUGCGACGGGCUUCGCUUUCGAAAUGGGCUUCAACGGCGCGAUGAACAAGUACUGGGACUACCUUAACCGCGGCCGCCAAUGGAAGGACAUCCGCCACAAGUACGUUGAGGCUGCCGAUGACGACGAGGAAUAG